AUGCAGGAAGAGAGCGCAAAUGAUAUGGAAUGUGUACAGCUGCCAGCAGAGACACUACGACAAGUGACCAUACACCGAGACCCUAUAUAUGGCUUUGGCUUCGUGGCUGGCAGUGAGAGACCUGUGGUGGUUCGAUCUGUGAGGCCAGGAGGCCCCUCUGAGGACAAGCUCCUGGCUGGUGACCAGAUUGUGGCUAUUAAUGAGGAGGACGUGAGUGAAGCCCCCAGGGAGAGGUUCAUAGAACUCAUCAGGAGUGCUAAGGAAUCCAUCGUUCUUACAGUUCUGCACACUCAUCAGUCCCCUAAAUCUGCCUUCAUCAGUGCUGCAAAGAAGGCCAAGCUGAGGUCCCAUCCUGGGAAGGUCCGAUUCUCUGAGCAGGUGGCAAUUGGAGAAACAGAUGCAAAAAUGAUGAAGAAGGAAGCUCUCCUCCUCAUCCCCAACGUCCUGAAGGUUUUCCUAGAAAAUGGGCAGAUCAAGUCAUUCACAUUUGAUGGCCGGACCACUGUUAAGGAUGUGAUGGCAACUCUACAGGACCGUCUCUCCCUGAGGUACAUUGAGCAUUUUGCUCUUGUGCUUGAGUAUACCGGGCCAGAACAGAAUCACAAGUUUCUCAUUCUCCAGGACAAGCAGCCCCUGGCUUAUGUCGUGCAACGGACACACUACCAUGGAAUGAAAUGCCUCUUCCGAAUAAGCUUCUUUCCCAAGGACCCAGUGGAGCUGCUACGUCGAGAUCCUGCUGCUUUCGAGUACCUAUAUAUCCAGAGUCGUAAUGAUGUUAUCCGAGAACGCUUUGGAAUGGAACCUAAGCCAGAGAUGCUUUUGGGCCUUGCUGCCCUUCACAUCUAUAUCACUGUCUCAGCCACUCGGCCUAGUCAGAAGAUCACACUCAAGAAUGUGGAGAAGGAGUGGGGCUUGGAACCCUUUCUUCCCCCCUCCCUCUUGCAGGGCAUCAAAGAGAAGAACCUUCGGAAGUCUCUCUCUCAACAGCUGAAGGCCCACCAAAUGCAUCCUUCUAGCAGCACCAAGGGUUCCGCAAUUCAAGCAAAGCUCCAGUACCUUCGAAUUCUGAAUGAACUUCCGACCUUCACUGGUGUUUUAUUCAACACUGUAGGCCUGGACGAGAAGCAGUCAGCCACCACUCUGCUGGUGGGACCCCGUCACGGCAUCAGUCAUGUUAUUGACCUCAAAACCAACCUCACCACUGUGCUGUCCGAGUUCAGCAAGAUCAGCAAGAUCCAGCUGUUCCGGGAGAACCAAGGAGUAGCCCGAGUGGAGACCAGCAUCAUGGAUGCCAAGCCUCUGGUGCUGUUGAUGGAGUGGCCUGAAGCCACCAACUUUGCCUGCCUGAUUGCGGGAUACUGCCGUCUUCUGCUGGAUUCCAGGAAGAUGGUCUUCUCCAGGCCUGCCAGCCAGCCUCUUCCACCUCCAAUGAUAAAGGCAGAUCACAUGCACAGUAGCCACCGCCCUGUCACUGGGGGCCACCUGGGAAAAAAGGAGAGUAGUUAUGUGGGCAGCGUGGGCACCAGCCCUAGGAAGUCGAGCCGAUGCACGACCCCGCCUGCCGACUCUGAGCUUGUCAGCUUCUGCUACCUUCAUAUGCGGGAACAAAGGAAGGAGCAAGAAAGUAGGACGGAUGUCAACGAGAACCUAAUCUUCUUUGAAGAAACCAGGCCCCGGACCAAAUCUGACCCCACAUCCAAAAGCUCUGGCCAAGGUUACGAGGUGAUCCCGGAUGACUUUGAUGCAGCCAGCCUAGACCAUGAGCCUUGUGCCAGCAGAGCCAGGUCCUAUACUUUGGACAAUUCCCUCGGGGCUGAAGCUCUGAAUUUCUACUGUGACUCUUGCAAAGUCAAACUCCAGGAGCAAAUGGGGCCUCGAAAAGGUGGGAGGCCUGGUUCCUCCUCACGGGACAACAUGGUAGACUUAAUGUCCCUCCCACCACCCGGAAGUGAGGAAGAGGAGGAAGAGGAAGAUGAGACAACUUCUCUGUUGCCUGCCAUCGCUGCCCCACCCCCUGGGUUCCGAGACAACAGCUCUGAUGAGGAUGAUCCCAAGCGCAGAGCUGUUCAGAGUCAGGAGCAAGGGCGUCACCUGCGUGGACUCCUGUAUGAUGAGAUUCCUGUAACGCUGAUUGACAGUGUACAGACUCGGACAGUGCGAGACCACGCCCAGGAGCUGGAUGAUGCUCUCGUGUCUACUCUGCAGGCACUGGAAGCCCUGGCUGCUUCAGAGGAUGGACCCCACCCACCACCGCCACAGACUGCAGGUCUGAUUGUGCUGGCCACAAUCACUCCUGAGUCAUCACUGGACUCAGGCCAUGAAACCAACUCAUCAGAGCUCACAGAUAUGUCAGAGAUGAUGUCGGCCAUGAAGCAGCACCAAAACACCACCUACUUCCUGGCCCAGCACCUCAACAAGGACAGCCUUCUGGCCCGAAAGGACCUGCCCUUCAGGAUUCAGAGCUGUGCAGCCCAGGCUGUUCUCACUGCCCCGUAUGCUCUGGGGCCCCCAGAUCCCAACCCAUCCCUCCAGCCAGCUGUCACUGGCCAGAGUCCUGCCCCCACUGGCGCUCGGAGAAAGAUACCUCAGUCAGAAGCCCAGGUGCAGGGAGACAGAACAUACUCCUUGGCUGUACACCCCGCACUGUCCCCACAGCUUAGUGAGCAGAAAAAUCUGAGCCUGCUUCCUCCAGUUCCUGAGGACAGAGGGCCAAGUCACAGUAGGGCCGGCCUAGAGAUGUCACUGAGGUCAGCCACACCAUCUCUCGGUGAAGAGCAGGUCUCAGAGCUUAGAGAAAACCUACCCAAGGAGGUCAGGCUGAGCCCUAAGCUUAUCCUGGACCCAAAAGGCAAUGUGACCCCAGCCAUAAUCUCAGCUGCCCUCCAGCAGGUGGUCCACAGUAAGAGUCUAGCCACUCCUGGUACAGCCUCGGCCACACCCUCCAACAGGGGGGAGAGAAGGCUAGAGGCUAGCAUGGGGAGGCCUGAGCUCACCAUGGCCAGGCCAGAGGUUAGCCUGAUGGGCAGCGGUGCCAGCAAGAAUCUGAAGUUUAAAAUGAGCCCUGGUGCUCCAGAGAGCACGCGGAAUUCUCAGCAGCAGCUGGGCCCCGAGGUCUCUGCCAGCCCUCGAGCAUCCACAGGCAGCAGCAGGGCUGACAACCUCCACCUUUCCCCACCGGAGGACAGGUUUCCUGUUCAAAGCUUCCCUCCUAAGAGCUAUCUAUCCAGAGUGAAUCGAGACUCCAUGGGAAAGCAAGCGACUGGGGAGGUGGCAGGCAAGGGUGGGCCAGAGGGUGCUAAACUUCCCCUGAACAAGCCGAGCAUGGUCUCUGGCCAGGGGGAGAAAGGGCAGCUGGAGAGCUUAGCCAAAAGCAGCAAGCUUGAAGAGAGCAGCCUGAUUCCCCGGGCUGGCUACCCCAUGGCUCUGCAGAGCCCAAGCUGCCAGCCCCGAAGCCACAGCCCUAGCUACCAGCCCCGAAGCCACAGCCCUAGCUGCCUGCCCCGUGGGCCAAGCCCCAGCAGCCAGGCCAGAGGCCAGAGCCCCAGCUGCCAACCUAGAAGCCAGAGCCCCCUGAGGCCUCUGGCCACCAGCCGGCAGGUUAGCACCAUGCCCUCUAGAAAGCUUGAAACAACCCUGGAUGGAGCCCACUCGGCCUCGGAAGGCUCCACCAAGCCCAAGUCAUCCCGAGGGCCUUUCAGACUUCGCAACUUAUUUUCUGCCACCUUCCCUACCCGCCAGAAGAAAGAGACAGAUGAGCGGCAGGCUCAGCUGCAGAAGGUAAAGCAGUAUGAAUUGGAGUUCCUUGAGGAACUUCUAAAGCCACCAAGCCAGGGGGAACUUCCAGGCACAGAGUACCUGCAACCUCCAGCACCUGGCCGCUGCAGCUGCCAGCUACGCAGUAGCCCUGUGCAACAGGGACCUGGCAUGUCUCGUGAGCAGAGACGCAGCUGUGACUGCAAGCGGAUCUGCCGAGGGGGACGGCCACAGGCUGCCCAGACCCCAGCGCCUGGCUUCCGGGAGAGGGAGAGGGUCCCCCCUACCCAGAGGCAGCCAGAGGCUGGCCCAGGCUUGAGCCUUAAUAGUCCCAUCAACAUCCAACGUAUCCGCUCCACCAGUCUGGAGUCCCGUGAGUGCCGGUCAGACCCUGAAAGUGGGGUUUCGUGCCUGACCACGUGUGCCUCAGGGGGUGAGUGUUUGGGAGAUCCCAACUACAGGAAACUGAUGCGCCGCUACAGUAUCACUGAGCUGGACCAGGGGGACACGGUCUCGCUGACCUCAGAUGUCUACCCACACCCACCCCUGGGAAUGCUGCCUAGAGAGGUCAAGGAGAUAGAGUCAGGCCUUCCACUAGGUUUGGGUCCCAAAGGCAAGUGUGCAGAGUCACCGACUCUAGGAGAGCCCUCCUACGUCCAAGUGGCCCCUGAGAGCAAAGGCCCCAGGCAAACGGCUGUGUUUUCCCUGCCAGAGGAGGUAUACCGGAGGCCGGCUGAUCUGGAUGAAGACAGCGAAAGCAGCAAAUGCUGUUCCAUCCGCUACUGCUUCUACUACCGCAAGUGCGACAUGGCCGACGAUGCCAGCGACGGCAAAGAUGAGCUCUCCUAUUCAAUCCCCAUGAAGAUUCUGCCUGGCAUGAAGUUGGAUGAGCAGGUGGUGCCUGUGGUGAGCAGAACCCUGCAGGUACUGGAUGCCGCCACCUGCAGCAGCAGCCCCGAGGCCCCCCACACCCAGGAGAUCGACCUUCGGGUAUCCACCUUUGAGGGGAGCCUGGCUAAGAUCAAUGCCCUGCGGGCCCACGCCUAUGGCCUCCCUGACGGCUUCCUGGCUGCCCGUCUGGACACCAAUGAGCUGCUAACCGUCUUGCGGCAGUGUGUGGCCAGCCCCGAGGCCCGUGCUCCCAAGCCCUACGUCUCUCAGAUUUCUGAGUACAAGCUUGAGCUAGCUCUCAAGUUCAAGGAGCUCCGGGCCUCCUGCCGCCGGGUAGCCAAUGUGGACAAGAGUCCAACUCACAUGCUGGCCGCCAUCACUGGCAGCUUCCAGGUGCUGAGCAGCCUCAUCGAGACCUUCGUGCGACUCGUGUUCAUUGUGCGCUCUGAGGCCCAGCGCCAGGAGCUGCUGGCCAAAGUAGAAGAGGUCGUGAGGAAUUACACCUUCCUGCUGCGCGCCGCGGAGGAAUCCACAGCCCGGAACCUUAACCAGCAGCAGCAGCAACAACAACAGCAACAGCUGCAGCAGCAACAACAGCAACAGCUGCAGCAGCAACAACAGCUGCAGCAGCAACAACAGCUGCAGCAGCAGCAACCGCUGCCGCCACCACCGCUGCCAGCAGCCACAGGGCAUUCACCGGGCUCCCCAUCAUCGACUGUUAUGAGCACAUUCACCCGCUCCUUAAAAACCUUUAUUAAGUAG